AAGGGGCUGGCCAAGGAGGCUUUGUGCAGAGAAGGUGUCCCCACCAGGGAUGCAGAAGGCUGGGCACAUCAGUACCAACCCGGGCCCAGUACAGAGCAGGACCAUGGCUUCUGCAGCAGCAGAGGAGGAGAAGGGGUCUCCAGUUGUGGUGGGGCUCCUGGUCGUGGGCAACAUCAUUAUUCUGCUGUCAGGCCUGGCCCUGUUUGCCGAGACUGUAUGGGUGACAGCCGACCAGUAUCGCGUGUACCCACUGAUGGGCAUCUCAGGCAAAGAUGACGUCUUCGCUGGCGCCUGGAUCGCCAUCUUCUGCGGCUUCUCCUUCUUCGUGGUGGCCAGCUUUGGAGUGGGCGCAACACUCUGCCGCCGCCGGUCCAUGAUCCUUACGUACCUGGUGCUCAUGCUCAUCGUCUACAUCUUCGAAUGUGCCUCCUGCAUCACGUCCUACACCCACCGAGACUACAUGGUGUCCAACCCAUCCCUGAUCACCAAGCAAAUGCUCACCUUCUACAGUGCAGACACGGACCAGGGCCGAGAACUGACCCGCCUCUGGGACCGCAUCAUGAUUGAGCAAGAAUGUUGUGGCACAUCUGGCCCCAUGGACUGGGUGAACUUCACAUCAGCCUUCCGGGCAGCCACUCCGGAGGUGGUAUUCCCCUGGCCCCCACUGUGCUGUCGCCGGACCGGAAACUUCAUUCCGCUCAACGAAGAGGGCUGCCGCCUGGGCCACAUGGACUUCCUGUUCACCAAGGGCUGCUUCGAGCACAUCGGCCACGCCAUCGACAGCUACACUUGGGGGAUCUCGUGGUUUGGGUUUGCCAUCCUGAUGUGGACGCUCCCAGUGAUGCUGAUAGCCAUGUAUUUCUACACCACCCUCUGAGGAGCAAGAAGGGAAGGCCACCUCCACACCCCACCCCGCUGCCUCCUGCUCCUGCUGACACCAGCUGGAGCCGCGUGGUCACUUCGUCUCUCCCUUUCCCACCCCUCUCUCCCGUCCCUCCUUCCACUCCCAAGAUCUUGUUCCGGGUUUCAGAACCCUAUUGGAUCUGGAAUGUGUCCUGAAAUCCUUGGACCUAUGUGUGUGGGCCCUUAGCCCUUGACCUCAUUUUGCAUGGCGUAUUUCUGGCUCGUGUCUUAAGUGUCUGCUUAAAAGUCCUGUCCUUAGGGACCCUUCCCUGAUCCCACCAUCCAUUCACGACCGCCUGUCCUUCAUGGCAGGUGUCACUCUUACUGCCACAUAGUCUGUGACUGUCUCUAGUAGACUGGAUUGUCAUGAGAGGAGGGAUCAAUUCUAUCAUGGCCACUUUACUGUCCCCAUCACUGCCCAGCACAGAGCUGAACAUGGGCUAGAUACUCAAUAAA